AUGGCGAGCUCGGGGUCGCUGGAGACGGUCAUGCCUUCCUCCUGUCCCCGGCACGACGGCAGGGCCGCCGCCGCUAACCCUUCCAAGACCCUGGCCUUCUCCAUCGAGCGGAUCAUGGCCAAGACGUCGGAGCCCAAGCCAGCCUUCGAGCAGAGGCACGGCGGGCCGGGGCCGGAGCCGGAGGCGGGCAAGAAGCCGCUGAGCCUGUGCUCGCCCCUGCCUUGCGUGAUCCCCAUCCCGCCGCUGGGCUACGAGGUGCCCUCCAAGACUCUCCUCAACUACUCGGAGCUGUGGAAGAGCAGCCUGCGGGGCGGCGCGGGGCUUUGCAAAGCCAACUGCGGCGUGUGCUGCAAGGCAGAGCUCGCCCUGGGCCAGCCCAGCGGCCGGCUCAUCAAACCGCAGGUCAUCCACCAAGCGGGGGCCGUGCCGGCCGCCCCCCGCUCCCUCUACUACUUCAACUACCUGGACGCCGCGUACCACCCGGCCGACAUCCUGCAUGGACAGCUCUUCCCCGCCGGCCUGCUGGGCGCCCCGCCGGCGGGGGGGCUCUCGGCCCACCAGAAGCUUUUCCUGCUGGAAAACGCCAAAUUGGCGGGGUUGGCGGCCGAGAAGCUGCCGCCGCCGCCACCCUUCGCCCACAAGGAGCGACUGCCGGGACACCUGGACCAGGUGAUGAAGGAGGCGGCGGCGGCGGAGCGCGGCGGCCCCCCCAAGGGCCACGCCAAGCUCGGGGGGGGCGGCGGCGGCGGCGCGACGGAGGGCAAGCCCAAAAACUUCACCUGCGAGGUCUGCGGCAAGGUGUUCAACGCACACUACAACCUCACCCGCCACAUGCCGGUGCACACGGGGGCCAGGCCCUUCGUGUGCAAGGUCUGCGGGAAGGGCUUCCGCCAGGCCAGUACCCUGUGCCGGCACAAAAUCAUCCACACCCAGGAGAAACCCCACAAGUGCAACCAGUGCGGGAAGGCGUUCAACAGGAGCUCCACGCUCAACACCCACAUCCGCAUCCACGCCGGCUACAAGCCCUUCGUCUGCGAGUUCUGCGGCAAGGGCUUCCACCAGAAAGGCAACUACAAGAACCACAAGCUGACCCACAGCGGAGAGAAGCAGUAUAAGUGCACUAUUUGCAACAAAGCCUUCCACCAGAUCUAUAACUUGACUUUCCACAUGCACACCCACAACGACAAGAAGCCCUUUACGUGCGUCACUUGCGGGAAAGGAUUUUGCAGAAACUUUGAUUUAAAGAAGCACGUCCGAAAGUUGCACGACAGCGUCUCCAGCGCUGCUCCGCCGCCGCCGCCGCCGCGGGAGCCGGGGCGCAGCGGGCAGAGCUAA